AAGUGCACAGAAUAAAGGAAAACGGGAGAGAGAGAGAGAGGGAGAGGAAGCUAAGAAAACCGAGGGUUCUCUCCGACGUUAAUGGCGGUUAGGGUUUCUGUUGAUCUCCGAAACUUAAAUCUCCCGCCACUUCCCUCUGUAGUUAUACUUAAAAGUUCUUAUUCGAUCCCUCAAUUAUAGCAUAUUCUAUUUUGUUCAAUAUCGACAAGGAUUUUGUAAAAAUUCAGUAGAAGGAGAGAGGAAAGACUGAUGGGCGCUGAAGAAAAAACCACGCCUAACGCGAAUUCGAUGCAGCGUGUCAAGGUCUAUCGUCUGAAUGAGAAUGGAAAGUGGGAUGACCGUGGAACCGGACAUGUUACUGUUGAUUAUCUGGAGAGAUCAGAAGAACUUGGCCUCUUUGUCAUUGAUGAGGAAGACAACGAGACAUUACUUGCACAUCGUAUCAGCUCUGAUGAGAUCUAUCGAAGGCAAGAAGAAACUAUCAUCUCUUGGCGUGAUCCAGAGUAUUCUACAGAGUUAGCUCUUAGCUUUCAAGAGACUCCAGGGUGCUCUUACAUCUGGGACCACAUUUGCAGUGUGCAGAGAAAUAUGCAAUUUAACACACUCAGUAACCUUGAGAUGGGUCAUCGCUCAGCCACAGAGGCAUUGGAGACAUCUGGGACAUCUCAGGCCAAUGAUGAGUCAUUUCAUGGCGUCAACAGUGAGCUGAGGGAAUUGCCAGCGGUUGAACUAUCGACACUUCCUCUGAUAUUGAAGACUGUAGUGGAGAGUGGAAUCACGGAUCAAAUACGUGUGACAGAGCUUAUAGUGCAUGAUCAAGAUUUCUUCAGGAAGCUGAUGGACCUGUUCAGAAUAUGUGAAGACUUGGAAAACAUUGAGGGUCUUCACAUGAUAUUCAAGAUAGUCAAGGGGAUCAUUUUACUCAACAAUCCUCAGAUCUUUGAGAAAAUUUUUGGGGAUGAGCUCAUCAUGGAUAUUAUUGGGUCCCUGGAAUAUGAUCCUGAAAUUCAUGAUGUCCAACAUCAUCGUGCUUUCCUAAAGGAGCAUGUGGUUUUUAAAGAGGCAAUACCUAUUAAAGAUCCGGAAGUCUUGUCAAAGAUACAUCAGACGUACAGAAUUGGUUAUAUAAAGGAUGUCAUUUUGCCAAGAGUAUUGGAUGAGGCAACAGUUGCAAAUCUCAAUUCUGUCAUCCAUGCACAUAAUGCUGUAGUGGUUUCAUUGUUAAAGGAUGACAGUACCUUUAUUCAAGAGUUGUUUGCAAAGAUGAGAUCACCCACCACCUCUCCAGAGUCAAAGAAGAAUUUGGCCUGCCCCUUGCGCCUUAUAACUCCUCCAAUCUGUAUCAGACACUCGUCCUUACAGGUUUUCUUCUUGCACGAAUUUUGUAGCUUGAGUAGAAGCUUGCAGCUGGUCCAACAACUGCGACUAUUUAGGGAUCUCAUGAAUGAAGGCAUCUUUGACAUCAUAACCGAUGCGUUGCGGAGUCCAGAUAAAAGGCUUGUAUUAACAGGGACAGACAUCCUUAUUCUUUUCCUAAACCAGGAUCCAAACCUUCUUAGGUCAUAUGUGAUUCGACAGGAGGGGAACCCACUUCUUGGGCUCCUGGUCAAAGGUAUGAUUACUGACUUUGGGGAGGAUAUGCAUUGCCAGUUUCUAGAGAUUCUUCGCAGCUUACUGGACUCGUACACCUUGUCUGGAUCCCAGAGAGACAAUAUUAUAGAGAUUUUCUAUGAGAAGCACUUGGAUCAGUUAAUUGAUGUUAUAACGUUGUCAUGCCCUCUGAAAGGUGGUACUCGUCCAGUUGUCAAAUCCACUGGCUCUGGUGGAAGUACCGAAAGUCAGGCUGUCACAAAGCCUGAAAUUUUUCUAAACAUAUGUGAACUUCUAUGCUUUUGUGUGCUUCACCAUCCUUACAGGAUAAAGUGCAAUUUUCUCCUCAAUAAUGUGAUAGAAAAAGUCUUGUUUCUAACGCGCAGAAGGGAAAGAUACUUGGUAGUUGCCGCUGUCCGCUUUCUGCGGACUAUUAUUUCCCGCAAUGAUGAUCAUCUGCUGCGUCACAUUGUCAAGAACAACCUUCUAAAACCAAUUGUUGAGGCAUUUGUUGCCAAUGGUAAUCGCUAUAAUCUGCUGCACUCUGCAGUCCUCGAACUAUUCGAUUAUAUACGGAAGGAAAACCUCAAAACUUUAAUCACAUAUGUGGUAAAUUCAUUCUGGAAUCAGUUGGCUAAAUUUGAGCAUUUACCAUCCAUUCAAGCGCUGAAAGUUAAAUAUGAGCAGUCCCUAGAAGCCUGUGAAACAAGAAGUGCUGUUAAUGUUGUGGAUCCAAGAAAGCGGAAUGAUGCACGAGCCCUUGAGAAAGAAGAGGAGGACUACUUCAAUGAAGACAGUGAUGAAGAAGAUACUGCAUCUGUACGCACUUCACAUACCCGUGACCAAUGUGCUCUCCCUGUCUUGCCGAAUGGUUCCAGCAUCAGCUAUCCAUCAUUAAGACCGGGAUCUGGUGGACUGGUUGAUUACGAUGAUGAUGAUGAUGAUGAAGACUACAAUCCUCCACCAAAACCAGGGACCUCUGGUGGGGACAGUAGGGAAGCGGAUUCCCUUGAGCCGAAACGCAAGUCGAAUUCUAAAGAAGAGGAGCUUGAGCUAACGAAGAAGCAGAGGUUAGAUAAAAAUUCAAAAGAUGGUGUUGUAUCAACGAUUUCCGCAACACCUAGCCAUGCGGCAUCACACGGCAAGAAAGUGACCGGUACCAUGCGUAUUAUUACUCGCACCCCUGAUACUAAAAGCAGUUCAGAUCAGGAGAACCAUGUUGAGAAGGAACCUACAGCUCCAAGAAGUUGUUCCAAUUGUGUGCCCAAUGCCUCUGGCACUAGACAGUCAAGUGGAGAUGACUGCCCAUUAAUGGCGCCCAACAGUAACAAUUCCCCGUCGGAGUUGGCUGUAAAUGGCACUAAUGUCACAGGCUCAGAACCAUAUUCAGUACGAUAACUUGAUUGAUCAUAUUAUGUUAUUCCAUUUCAAGCCACAGAAGUGAAAGAUGACAAUCAGCCAGUUGGGUUGGUUUUCCCCUGCUCCAAAAUGAAUUAGAAGACUUUGUCGAAGAAGUUCGCCGACAUAAUGAGGAGUAGCUUAAGUUCCUGGUUCUUCAUUGGCAAGAGGAUGAGAUUCAAUUCACUGCCAGUAAGAGUGGCAAAGCCUGAAGAGUCUGAUGAUGAGUUCUGGUCUUCUCCUUGUUUGGUUUGCCUUUGGAGGCAAGAAAAACGUUGUUGCUUUUGUAUAACAUUCAUCAGUCGUUAAUGGUUCUUUCCCCCA